GCUAAAUGAUGUCAUUUUGGUUCAAUAUUCCAAUAACUGAAGUUUACAGUGUUGUUCCACCCAGACCCUGGGCUCCUCGUGGAUUUAGGAAUCUACCUAGUACAUGCUGUGUAUCUGCAGGAUGCUAUUUGGGCUUCUUCCUGGAUCAUGUGAUAAUAUCUGUACUUUUGAGAGACACAAAAGAUGCAGGUUCUCAGCAGUCAAGAAUUAAACUGAAGUCAAUAAAAUGCUGAACAGAAAAGGCAGAAGUCUCUGUGUGAGCCACGUCUGCCCUCAGAUCUUUCUAGGGGAUGUGGAUUUUCAGGAUGGGAGAUACACAACACAACAGACGUUUGAAGACGCCUUCGGAGAGUAAGUGAAAUCUGACGACUCGAGGGCUUAAAAUAUAGAGCAGAAAGAAGAAAGGAGUGUACGGAGCUCAUGGGACCCUGAAGGGAAACGAGAGCAGGGAGUCUGUUGUGUCCCUUUCAUCCACAAACAUUUCAAAGCAUGACGCUGGCGGCAGCAAAACUGCGUCGUGAAGGUACCAGAGCGCCGUGUCUUCUCCAGCCGGGGAGUCAGACAGGGAAUGGCCUCUCACAGCACCGACAACUUUCAGAAUCAUCGCCGAUCUUCCAGAGCAGGAGAGUUGGGGGUGGGGAAAGGAGAGGAACUAGGCUCCUUCCACGACCUUCCAUGAAAAUGGAAAACACGAGCCUUCAAAAUUUUCCCGUGUCUUGAACCGAAACUUGAAGGGGACUGUUUGGAGCGCACACGGCGCCGGACCUUACCCAGCAGGGAUUACUAUGCACACCGAGGAGGAGCCAAGGAAUGGAGGACCACCGCGGGCUACCGAGAGCCAGGAAGGAGACGCGGGGGUAAAGGAACAGGAAACACAAGAAGAGGAACGUUUGAUGGAAGAAAAGAAAAAGAAAAAGCAGGAAGACAAGAAAAAGAAGGAAGGUGCUCAGAAAAAGGCUGCUGAUCAAAAAACCAAAGUGCCAGAACUUACUAAGACCUGUUCAAGCCAGCCUCAACCUGCCGGUACCAGUACCAGUACUUCCACCAGCACUAUCUCUAGCAGCAGCAAUGGCAAACGUGCAUCUGCUUGUGGCCAGCAGCCAGCUGCGUCCCGUUACCUGCCUCGGGAGGUGCCUCCACGAUUUCGCCAGCAAGAACAGAAGCAGCUGUUAAAGAGAGGCCAGCCAUUGCCCACAGGGACGCUGGCCAGUGUAAGCCCAGCACAGGCUGCUGGACCUACAGGGGCCAGCCCUCCUCCCCUCCCUGGAGCUGGGGCACAGCAACAUCCCAGCAAACUCCAACCAGAUCUUAGUCACAGUGGAUUGGCAGAUCAUUAUGAAAAUUCCCACUGGGGACAGCAGCCUUCUUACAGAAGUGACGCUAACUGCAGCUGGGAUAAAGUGAUAAUAGACAGGACUGAUCAGGAGGUGUGGCCGUCCAUCCCAGUAACAGAGACUGAAUCUGCCUCAGAAUGUCCUACAGACACUGACUCUGCCUCCAACUGUGGCUCAGAGAACAGUAGCAUGGCUACAGGGAGCGCCCAAGGCAGCUUCACAGGACAUCCCACGAAGACAAAUGGCAAUAAUGGCACCAAUGGCGCGCUCGUCCAAAGUCCUUCUAAUCAGAGUGCCCUUGGGGCAGGUGGAACCAAUGGGAACGGAGGCAUGGCCAGAGUGUGGGGUGUAGGCUCCAGCUCUGGCCUGGCUCACUGCUCUGUUGGUGGUGGAGAUGGAAAAAUGGACAACAUGAUUGGAGAUGGGAGAAGUCAAAAUUGUUGGGGUGCUUCCAACUCCAAUUCGGGCAUUAAUCUCAACCUUAAUCCUAAUGCCAACCCAGCUGCCUGGCCUGUACUUGGGCAUGAAGGAACUGUGGCAACAGGCAACCCUUCCAGUAUUUGCAGUCCAGUCAGUGCCAUAGGUCAGAAUAUGGGUAGCCAGAAUGGGAACCCAGUGGGCACCCUAGGUGCCUGGGGAAACUUGCUGCCCCAAGAGAGCACAGAAGCACAGACAGCCGCUUCUCAGAAUGUGUCUUUCAGCGUACAACCUCAGAACCUUAACACUGAUGGACCAAGUAACACUAACCCCAUGAACUCUUCACCAAACCCUAUCAAUGCAAUGCAGACUAAUGGACUGCCAAACUGGGGCAUGGCUGUUGGUAUGGGGGCCAUCAUCCCGCCCCACCUACAAGGCCUUCCUGGUGCUAACGGAUCAUCAGUCUCUCAAAGCAGUGGGAGUGGUGGGGAAGGAAUGGGCAGUUCUGUUUGGGGACUGUCCCCUGGGAACCCUGCCACAGGAAAUAACCAUUCUGGGUUCAGUCAGGGGAGUGGAGACACUGUGAACUCAGCAUUAAGUGCUAAACAGAAUGGAUCCAGCAGUGCUGUGCAAAAGGAAGGGAGUGGAGGGAGUGCCUGGGACUCAGGGCCUCCCACAGGUCCUGGCAUCCUUGCCUGGGGAAGGGGCAGUGGCAACAGUGGCAUUGGCAACAUCCAUUCAGGAGCGUGGGGCCACCCCAGCCGAAGUUCUUCGAAUGGUGUGAAUGGGGAGUGGGGGAAACCUCCAAACCAGCAUUCCAGUAGUGACAUCAAUGGGAAAGGGUCAACAGGGUGGGACAGUCCCAGUGCUGCCAGCCAGACACCUGCUUUGCAGCCUGGCAGUGAACACAUGAACUCAUGGGCCAAAGCCGCAUCUUCUGGAACUUCAGCAAGUGAAGGAAGCAGCGAUGGGUCUGGCAAUCACAAUGAAGGAAGCACUGGGAGGGAAGGAACAGGAGAGGGCAGGAGGCGAGACAAAGGGGUUCUAGACCCAGGGCACAUCCAGUUGCCAAGGAAUGAUCUUGACCCAAGAGUUCUGUCUAAUACUGGUUGGGGACAGACUCCUGUAAAGCAAAACACUGCCUGGGAAUUUGAAGAGUCCCCUAGGUCUGAAAGGAAAAAUGACAAUGGGACAGAAGCCUGGGGUAGUGCAGCUACUCAGCCUUCAAACUCAGGGGGGAAGAGUGAUGGGUCCAUCAUGAACAGUACAAAUACCUCUUCAGUAUCGGGGUGGGUCAGCUCACCACCUGCCGCCGUGCCAGCAAACACAAGCUGGGGAGACAGCAACAACAAAGCGCCAAGUGGCCCAGGAGUUUGGGGGGACUCGAUAAGCUCUACUGCUGUUAACAAUGCUGCUGCCACCAAGAGUGGCCAUGCUUGGAGUGGGACCGUAAACCAGGAGGACAAACCACCCACGUGGGGUGAGCCUCAGAAACCCAAAUCCCAAAACUGGGGAGAUGGACAAAGAGCAAAUCCAGCCUGGAGCGCAGGAGCAGGAGAUUGGGCAGAUUCAUCAUCUGCACUUGGGCAUCUAGGGGAUGGGAAGAAAAACGGAUCUGGAUGGGAUGCUGAUGGUAAUAGGUCAGGGUCUGGUUGGAAUGAUGCCACGAGAUGUGGGACCAGUGGCUGGGGCAGUGGCACAAAUGCUAAGGUGAAUCCAGGUACAAACUGGGGAGAGUCUCUCAAGCCUGGUCCCCAGCAGAACUGGGCUCACAAGCCCCAAGAUAACAAUGUGAGUAACUGGGGCGGAGCUGCAUCUGUUAAGCAGACCGGGACAGGGUGGAUUGGGGGACCACUGCCAGUCAAGCAGAAGGACAAUGAGGCGACUGGCUGGGAGGAGCCUUCCCCACCCUCCAUCCGACGCAAAAUGGAAAUCGAUGAUGGUACCUCAGCUUGGGGGGACCCAAGCACUUACAACAAUAAAACUGUAAACAUGUGGGACAGAAACAAUCCAGUCAUCCAGAGCAGUACCACAACCCCUGCCACCCCCACGACCCCCACCUCGAGCAGCACUACACACCGGGCCGAGACGCCACCUUCACACCAGGCUGGCACUCAGCUGAAUCGGUCACCACUGCUUGGGCCAGUUUCAUCGGGCUGGGGAGAAAUGCCCAGUGUCCACACCAAGGCUGAGAACUCAUGGGGAGAGCCAUCUUCCCCUUCCACCCUGGUCGACAAUGGCACAGCAGCAUGGGGAAAGCCUCCCAAUAGUAGCAGUGGAUGGGAUCAUCCUGCUGAGCCAGUGGUGCCAUUUGGAAGAGCCAGCGCUCCUGCUGCUGCCCCAGCCCUGUGCAAACCAGCUUCCAAAUCUAUGCAAGAAGGCUGGGGCAGUGGUGGGGACGAAAUGAACCUGGGCACCAGCCAGUGGGAGGAUGAGGACGGAGACAUGUGGAAUAAUGCUGCCUCCCAAGAAAGCAGCUCCUCCUGCUCCUCCUGGGGCAAUGCCUCAAAAAAAGGACUUCAGAAGGGCAUGAAGACACCUGGCAAGCAGGAUGAGGCCUGGAUCAUGAGCCGGCUGAUCAAACAACUCACAGACAUGGGCUUCCCGAGAGAGCCAGCUGAAGAGGCCUUGAAGAGCAACAGUAUGAACCUUGACCAGGCCAUGAGUGCUCUGCUGGAAAAGAAGGUGGACAUGGACAAACGUGGACUGGGAAUGACCGACUACAAUGGAAUGGUCACCAAACCCCUCGGCUGCCGCCCACCAAUCUCCAAAGAGUCUUCCAUGGACCGCCCCACCUUCCUUGACAAGCUCACCCUUUCUUUCUCCAAUCAGGAUGGCGGCCUCGUGGAAGAGCCCACGACUUCACCGUUUUUGCCUUCCCCAAGCCUGAAGCUCCCCCUUUCCAACAGUGCACUCCCCAAUCAGGCCCUGGGUGGGAUUGCCUCAGGGCUGGGCAUGCAAAACUUGAACUCUUCUAGACAGAUCCCGAGUGGCAAUCUGGGUGUGUUUGGCAAUAGCGGAGCAGCACAAGCCAGGACCAUGCAGCAGCCGCCAGUGCAGCCUCUUAAUUCCUCCCAGCCCAGCCUCCGCGCUCAAGUGCCUCAGUUUCUAUCCCCUCAGGUUCAAGCACAGCUUUUGCAGUUUGCAGCAAAAAACAUUGGUCUCAGCCCUGCACUAUUAACCUCGCCAAUUAACCCUCAGCAUAUGACGAUGUUGAACCAGCUCUAUCAGCUGCAGCUGGCAUACCAACGUUUACAAAUCCAGCAGCAGAUGUUACAGGCCCAGCGGAAUGUUUCCGGACCCAUGAGACAACAGGAGCAGCAAGUUGCGCGCACAAUCACUAACCUGCAGCAGCAGAUCCAGCAGCACCAGCGCCAGCUGGCCCAGGCCCUGCUUGUGAAGCAGCCUCCACCUCCGCCACCCCCGCCGCACCUGUCUCUGCACCCCUCUGCAGGCAAAUCGGCCAUGGAUAGCUUCCCCCCUCAUCCCCAGGCUCCCGGCCUUCCUGACCUGCAGACCAAAGAGCAGCAGUCUUCACCCAACACCUUUGCUCCUUAUCCUCUUGCUGGAUUGAACCCAAACAUGAAUGUCAACAGCAUAGACAUGAGCAGUGGUUUGUCUGUGAAGGACCCGUCUCAGUCCCAGUCACGCCUGCCUCAGUGGACACAUCCCAACUCCAUGGGUAACUUGUCUAGUGCUGCUUCUCCCCUGGACCAGAAUCCUAGCAAGCAUGGUGCUAUCCCUGGAGGUCUAAGCAUCGGGCCUCCAGGUAAGUCCUCCAUUGAUGACUCCUAUGGCCGGUACGAGUUAAUCCAGAACAGUGAGUCACCAGCCAGUCCUCCUGUAGCUGUUCCCCAUAGCUGGUCACGUGCCAAAUCUGACAGCGAUAAAAUCUCAAAUGGCUCCAGCAUUAGCUGGCCCCCAGAAUUCCAUCCUGGAGUUCCGUGGAAAGGUCUUCAGAACAUUGAUCCCGAGAAUGACCCUGAUGUCACUCCUGGAAGUGUCCCUACUGGACCUACCAUCAACACCACCAUCCAGGAUGUCAACCGCUACCUUCUUAAGAGUGGAGGUAAACUGUCCGACAUUAAAUCAACAUGGUCCUCAGGCCCAGCCUCUCACACGCAAGCCUCUCUGUCUCAUGAGCUGUGGAAGGUACCCAGAAACACUACUGCGCCCACCAGGCCACCUCCAGGCUUAGCCAAUCCCAAGCCUUCCUCCACCUGGGGCACCAGCCCCCUUGGCUGGACCAGCUCCUACUCCUCGGGUUCUGCAUGGAGUACUGACCCCUCAGGAAGAACAAGCAGCUGGCUCGUUCUGCGCAACCUCACACCCCAGAUCGAUGGUUCUACACUGCGGACGCUGUGUUUGCAGCAUGGGCCCCUCAUCACAUUCCACCUGAAUCUGACCCAGGGCAAUGCUGUGGUCCGUUACAGCUCCAAGGAAGAAGCCGCCAAGGCCCAAAAGUCUCUGCACAUGUGUGUACUGGGAAACACCACCAUCUUGGCUGAAUUUGCUGGUGAAGAAGAAGUGAACCGGUUCCUGGCCCAAGGCCAAGCCCUCCCACCCACCUCCAGCUGGCAGUCCAGCAGCGGGGCCAGCCAGCCCAGGCUGGGCACCUCGGGGAGCACCCAUGGCCUAGUGCGCAGCGACACUGCCCACUGGAACACCCCAUGCCUGAGUGGGAAAGGCAGCAGUGAGCUGCUAUGGGGUGGGGUGCCCCAGUAUUCCAGCAGUCUCUGGGGCCCUCCCAGUGCCGACGAUGCCAGGGUGAUCGGCAGCCCCACGCCUCUCAACACUCUGCUGCCAGGGGACCUGCUCAGCGGCGAGUCCAUCUAGGGGUCACAGUCAGUGGGGAGAAGAGAGCUGACCGUGCCAGGCCUAGCUCUGAGGCUCCACCUGAUGGACAAGCUGCCCCUUCGAGUACCUCUGUCCAGUUCUGAAGAUGAACCUUGGCCUCAGCCCUUGUGAACUGUUGAAGACAGUGCGGGCUGCGUUUGGUCAGUGUCACGUGCUAAUGACAGGAUGUUCCUCAUAGCUUUUUAUUUUAUGUCGUCUUAUGUUUGUACGGUGUGUUGUCAUUUUGAGUUUUAAGUAUAAAAGCUGCUUAGAAUAGUUCUAUCAUGAAGGGCACUUUUCAGAUUGUGGGCUGGAAAGGGUUAUUUUAUGGUGGGGUGGGGGGAGACUUGAAGCCUAUUUAAAGUGAGCCUGUGAUGAUUAUGCACAUUACCAGAGGCGGCGGGCAGGCGGGACAGGCGCUGCGCUGUGCGGGCACAGAGCUGAGGGCGUGGCCAGUGCUCUCUGUCCCCCUGGAGCUGCCUAUGCACAUUACCCUUGUUUCAUUACUUUUUCAUGUCAUUUUUUUUUAUCCCAAAAAAAUAUUUUUUAAAAGUUAAAAAAAAAAAAAAAAGACAUAUCAAACAUGCAAAUACUUGAACCCAGCAGGCCAAUACCGAAAUGUGAACACUUCCACGUUGACAUCCGUGCACAGAAACAGGCUCUAGGAAAUGUCUACGUUUAUAGCCUGCGUGUGCGUGCGUGCGCGUGCGGAACUGUGUGCGCGUGCUCUUGCACAGUUGACGCUCGCUGUGUGCUUGUGUCUGAGAGCGUGUGAGGGAUUUAACUGUGGUCCCCCUUCUAUUCCGUAUAUGCUUUUUUUUUCUUCAUGUUGGUCAGAUGUUCUCAUUGUUGUUACUCGCUUCUAACUUUGCACUGAGGUGCCCCUGCCCUUCCUAUAGCUAAUCCUGAACAGCAAAGAGAAUUCACAGGACAGGGCUGGCGACAAUUCAUGUGUAAAUGUUUACUCAAGGACUCUGUUAUUGCAUUUAAAGUUACAGUGUAUAUCUCUGGAGAAAUAAUAUGUCUAUCUACCUUUAGCAGCUUUUCAUUGUGGACUAAUGCAAGAAGAUUAUUACCAGAGUAUUGCACCAUUUCCCAUCUGGAAUAUAAAGUUAAAGAGAAAAACAAAACUUGUUGAACUGUGGCCAUAGAUCCUUGUAGAGAAUGGGUGUCCCGUAAGGAGCGGGACAGGCAC